AUACUCUUCCAGAGAUUUCAGCAGAAAACUCUUCAAAUGUAGAAGAUCGUUCAAAUGUAGAAGGCUCUUCAAAUUUAGAAAGCCCUUCGAAUGUAAAUCCUUCAAACGUUGAAGAUCCUUCAAAUGUCAAUGAUCCUUCAAACGUUGAAGAUCCUUCAAAAGUCAAAGACCCUUCAAACGUUGAAGAUACCUCAAACGUAAGAGGUCCUUCAAACGUAGAAAACCCUUCAAAUAUAGAUCCUUUAACAAUAGAAGAUGAUCCAAUGGACCUUUGUAUAAACAUUCCUAACUUAUAUCAUUUGCUCGAUUUGUGUAAAGAUAUGGGGUCUAAUGGAUUUGAUUCGUAUGAAAAAGAAAAUCGAAAGGCUAUUGACGAUCAUGAAAAGGUUAAAAAAUCAAUUAUUGCCACAGAAACUGAUUCGCUCAAAAAAAUG